CAUGUUUACAUUUUGUAAUUUUUUCAUUUGUUGUGUUUUUUGAAUAAGUGGUCUUUUGAAUAUUGUUUUGUUUAUGUUGUCGCAUGGACUUUAGAUAAUGACUAUGGAUCUUAGAAGUAUUAAGUGAAAUAUUCAUGUUAUACCUAUAAAAGUGAUAAUAUUUUGUGGUUUGCGGGGUAUAUUUAAUUACGGCAAUGGCUAGUAAUCAAGUAUAUGAAUUGGUCUCCGGACUUAAAUCUCGCCAUGCCGAGACACGACAUAAAGCUAUACGGGAGUUACUUCACUUUGCUAAAACAGAUCUACGUGAGAUGUCUCAGGACACUCUCACUCAGGUGUUGGAUGACUUCAAUCAACAAAUUCACUCGUUGACUUCAAGUUUCGAUACCAACGAGAAAAAGGCAGGAAUUCUCACAAUCGUUUGUCUCAUUGGCGGGGACACAGAAACUACUAAAACUAGAACCCUUCGCUAUGCAAAUUAUUUGAGAUAUAUCUUUCCCACAACUGAUAUGGGCAUUUUAGAAUUAGCUGCUAAAACAAUGGGGCGACUGGCUGUGACACUCGGAGUCAAAAGGGGAGAGUAUGUUGAGUUUGAAAUCAAAAGGGCAUGUGAGUGGUUGGCGGAAGACAGAAAUGAGGCAAAAAGAUUAUCAGCUGUUUUAAUAUUACGGGAACUCGCUAUUGCCAUGCCUUCAUAUUUCUAUCAGCAUAUUAACUCAUUCUUUAAUUAUAUAAUGAUUCCUCUCAGAGACCCAAAAGAUCAGGUCAGAGAGGUAGCAGCCAAAACACUGAGAGCAGCUUUACAGGUCACAGCUCAAAGAGAAAUUCCAGAACAAACUUACAAAGCUCAUUGGUAUAUACAAUGUUAUGAAGAAGCUGUGACAUCCUUCUCAGACUCUGUUAGAAGCUUGAAUAGGGAUGAGAGUCUCCAUGGAGCAUUAUUAAUCUUAAAUGAACUUUUGAGAUGUUCUAACUCUAUUUGGGAGAAAAAAUACACAACUCUUAUGCAGAAACUUGAUUCAGAACAAGAUACAUCUGAUGAUAUGUCAUCCUUCAAUGUCAAAAUGCAAAGUUCAUUUACAAAAAGUUAUUCUGAUGAAAAAAAUCAAGUUGUAUCAGUAAAUGAAUCCAGUAUAUGUAAAAAGUUGAUUUCAGAGAAAUAUGAGACAAUAUGUUCAGAAAUUAUGGCAUUACAGAUGUCCAGAUCUCCAAAUGUACACCAAAUGCUUCUACUGAUUAUUCCAAGACUGGCAGCAUUCAACAAAGAUGCAUUUUCCAAGAAACAUCUAAAAUCAACAAUCAAUCACGUUAUAACCUUCCUUACUGGAAAGGAUAAAGAGAAAGCCAUGGCUUUUACAACUUUGGGACUCAUUUGUGUGGCUGUUGAAGAAGAAAUACAGCCAUACCUAACCAGAAUUAUAGAAAUUAUUAAAGUAACUUUAAUGACUAAAGAUACUCCAAAGAAGCGAACAGGUGUAGACACAGCUGUUUUUAAUUGUGUUACUCUCUUAGGAUUUGCUAUGAAAGAAAAAGUUUCUAAUGAUGUCAAAGAAUUAUUAGAACCUAUGUGUGCAACUGGGCUUACUGCUCAUCUCACUACAUGCUUUAAAGAGUUAAGUCAAAAUAUGCCUUCUCUAAAAAAGGAAAUAACUGAUAGAUUGUUAAAUAUGCUCUCUAUAAUUUUAAGGAAGAAACCCUAUGCUCCCAAUACUUCUGAAAAUCCAUUAGUCCAAAUAAUGUCAUCAGCAAUAUUAGUGGAAGCACAUGAUGCCACAAAGCUGGUACUGGCUCUAAAAACAUUAGGAUCUUUUGAUUUUGAGUGGAACAACACACUCAUGUCUUUCAUAAGGAGAUGCACAGAUCACUAUUUGUCUAGUGAGCAACAUGAUGUGAGAUUGGAGGCUGUUAAAACUGCAUCAAAGCUUCUGACAAAGGCAGUUGAAAGAUGUGCUGUGACAAAUUCAAGAACUUUAAACUUAUUGAUUGAUGAAUCUCUUGGUAAGUUCUUAUCUGUCGGCAGAUCAGAUUUUGAUCAAGAAGUGAGGUACAGAGUAUUUGAAAUAUUCUCCAACUCUAUUUUUGAUAAAUAUUUGGCAGUAGAAGAACAUUUGAAUUGUCUCUUUGUUGCAAUUAAUGACUCAAACUCUGAAGUAGGUGAGCUAGCACUGUGUGUUGUUGGUAGACUUAGUAAUUUAAAUCCAAGUUACACAACGCCUACUCUUCGUCAGUUAUUCGUCCAAAUUUUAAUGGAGCUACAACAUUCAGAGUCAACACAUACUAAAGAACAAGCACUUCGAAUGAUAAACAAUCUAAUCUGCCAUGCUCCAAGACUCACAAGACAAUUUGUGGACACUAUUCUAAAGGUUCUUGUUCCUAUGUUAAGAGAAGAAGCUAGCAAUACUGCAAUGAUUGUAACAACAUUAAAAGCUAUAGGUGACCUGGCUGAAGUGAAUGGUGGCGGCGCCGCCUUAAAUCAGUGGCGUCAAGAACUGAUGGAAAUACAAAUUGACAUACUCUCUGAUCCAAAUCAACCUGAAAAAAGAAGUGUUGCUUUAUGGUCCUUCGGGCAGAUUAUAAGUGCCACAGGUUACGUAGUUAGACCUUAUAUGGAUCACCCUCAACUAAUGGACUUGUUGCUUAAUUUCUUAAAGUCUGAACAGCAACCAAGGGACAGGCGCGAAACAAUACGAGUUUUAGGUCUUCUGGGAGCUUUAGAUCCCUACAAACAUAAAGUCAAUCAAGGUUUGAUUGAUUUUCAAACAAUUUCUACACUGAUUCCUAUUUCGGAGCCUUCAAAAACAGAGCACUUUGAUUCUAACGUGAGCGAGAUGCUGGUAAACAUGUCUCCACUAGUACUGGAUGAGUUCUACCCGGCGAUCGUGGUGACUUCUCUGAUGCGCAUCCUCCGCGACCCCAUGCUGGCGCAGUACCACACCAGCGUCGUGCAUGCCGUUACUAUCAUCUUCCAAACUCUUGGAAUAAAAUGUGUUCCAUAUAUUUCCCGAGUAACGCCUACGUUACUUUUUGUAAUACGCAACACGGAUAACAGCAAUUUCCGUGAGUUCCUAAUAACUCAAUUGGCGCAAUUGAUAUCCGUCGUGAAGAUUUACAUUCGUCCAUAUCUAGAAGAUAUUUUCGAUUUGAUAAAAGAGUACUGGACGCCCGAGAGCCAGCUACAGCCCACGCUGAUAAUGCUAGUAGAACAUAUCACCAUAGCUAUUGGGACAGAGUUCAAAGUCUAUUUGAGGAAGAUUAUGCCAAACAUUUUAAGGGUUCUUAAAUAUGAUAGGAGUAAAGACAGAUUUUUGACAGAGAAGUUGUUGCUGGCCAUUCAAAAAUUUGAGAAUAAUUUAGAUGAUGUUUUGCUGUCUAUAGUUCCAGCUAUUAUUGGUUUGUUUGAUGGGAGGGGUAUUCCUACUUCUACAUCAAAAUUAGCGAUGGAGACGAUAAAACACCUCAGUACGUAUUUGUACUUCAGGCCGUACGCGGCGGUUAUCAUACAAGCGCUGGCGAAAGUCUUAGACAACAAUCCUUCUUUAAGGCAAACUGCUAUGAAUACAUUAUGCGCCUUGAUUGUACAAUUAGGCCGCGAAUACAUAGAUUAUAUUCCUUCGGUGGAAAGAAUUCUAAUCAAGCACAAGAUUCAAUGCCCUAAUUACAUAGUGCUGGUGACGCGACUGCAAGUUAUAUCGACUCUUGCUUCCGAUGAUGACUAUUUGGAUGAAACUCGGACAAAGUUGCGGAAUCAAAAGAAUGACAUGUUGACCGCUGAUACACAAACUAUCCAAAAGUUGCAUGUCAAUGUGAACAAUUUGCGGAAGUGCUGGUCCAUGAACAACAUCCUAUGCAAGGAGGACUGGGCGGAGUGGCUGCGGCAUCUCAGCGUCGGCUUCCUGCUCGAAUCCAACAGCCCAGCUAUCAGAGCGUGUUCAACCCUGGCUCAAAACUACCCGCAGUUGGCGCGCGAUCUCUUUAACGCGGCCUUCAUGUCUUGCUGGACCGAAUUAGACGACAACACGCGGAAGGAACUGGUGACGGCCCUGGAGCGGGCGCUGUCGGAGCCGGACUCGGCGGAGCUGUCGCUGAGCAUGCUGGACCUGGCGGAGUUCAUGGAGCACUGCGAGAAGGGGCUGCUGCCCGUGCCCGUCCGGCUGCUCGGCGACACCGCCGUCCAGUGCCGGGCGUAUGCCAAGGCGCUUUAUUAUAAGGAAGAAGAGUACCGCCAAAAUCCGACCACGGAAGUGGUAGAAGCUUUAAUUCAUAUUAAUAACAAAUUACAACAGAGGGAAGCAGCCAACGGAUUGCUGGAAAAGGUCAUUGCUCAGCAGAAACAGGGCGAUUGCUCGCUGAACGUCCACGUGCGCUGGUACGAGAAACUUCACAACUGGGAGCAGGCAUUAGACCUCUAUAAUAAGAAGUUAGAGGUGGAACCACAAGAUGAUGAAUCAAAGCUAGGUCUGCUGAGAUGUCUAGAAGCUAUGGGCGAGUGGAGGAAGAUAUACAAUAUCACAACAGAACAAUGGGAUGCCAUGUCUGAGGAUAUGAAAUAUAAGUCAGCGAAAAUUGCCGCCGCUGCGUCCUGGGGACUUCAAGAAUGGGAGUCGAUGCGGAAAUGCGUUGAUUGUAUUUCUCAAGACUCGCAAGACGGCGCCUUUUACAGGGCUAUUCUAGCUAUCCACGAAGGCCAGUGGUCGGAAUCAAGGAACUUUAUAGAUACUGCGAGGAGUUUAUUGGACGUGGAAUUGACCGCAGUCGUCGGAGAGAGCUACCAACGAGCCUAUGGGGCUCUGGUUAACGCGCAGCUAUUGACGGAGUUAGAUGAAGUCGUAACGCAUAAGUUGAUUGAAGAAAGACGCAGUACGAUAUCAAAGAGCUGGUGGCUGAGGCUACAGGGUGGCCAGAGACUAGUAGAAGACUGGAGGAAGUUGCUUCAGAUCCGCAGCCUCGUGGCGUCACCUCGCGAACACUUCCAGACUUGGCUCAAAUUCGCGUCACUCUGCAGAAAGACCGGCUCCAUCAACCAGGCUCAUAAGAUAGUUAUAUCGAUCGUAGGGUGCGAUCCGGCGUCCAAUCCUGAGGUUUUAUUAAGAAUGCAGGAUCCGAGAGUAGUUCUAUCGUAUAGCAAGAAUCUCUGGGAGGUGGGGAACAAACGAUACGCUUACGACGUUCUACAGAGAUAUGUGGACUCUGCAGUACCUGAAAAUGACGAUCACUGCAGACUGCUAGCUCGAUGCCACUUGAAGCUGGGCUCGUGGUGUGAAGCCCUUCAAGAAAUAAACGAGUUAUCCAUACCAGAGAUAUUGAGGAAUUACGUAGCGGCAGUAAAUCUAGCACCAGAUUGGUACAAGGCUUGCCACGCCUGGGCGUGUAUGAAUUUUGAGACAGUGUUGUUCUACAAGCAACAGGACAAUGUGUCUGAGAGCAGUAUAGCUGGCGGUUCCGCUGAGAAGAAAGUAUCUAGAGCAGAUUUCAUCAAUACUCAUACCAUACCAGCUAUCGAAGGGUUCUUUAAGUCGAUCAGCUUAUCAAACGGAAGCGCUCUACAAGAUACGUUGCGACUUUUGACGUUGUGGUUCGAUCACGGCCACAACACGGCGGUAUACGAUGCGCUCUUUGAAGGUAUCCGCCAGAUCGACGUCAAAAUCUGGCUGCAAGUCAUACCCCAGUUGAUAGCUAGGAUUGAUUCGCCAAGAAGUUUGGUUGCAAAGUUGGUUCAUAUCCUCUUGAUCGAUAUAGGAAAGUUGCAUCCCCAAGCGUUGGUGUGUCCUCUGACUGUUGCAACUAAAUCUUCGUUCGUGAUGAGGAGAAACUCUGCAAAUCACAUUCUGAACACUAUGUGCGCUCACUCUCAGAACCUGGUCAAUGAAGCGGCUAUAAUUUCGGAAGAGCUCAUCAAAGUUGCUAUAUUGUGGCACGAUCAAGUUGUCAUUGCUAUCGAUGAAGCAUCCAGGCUGUACUUCACGGAGAAGGACUACCGCGGCAUGUUCAAGACUUUGGAGAAGAUGCACGCGAUGCUGAGCCGGCCGCCGGAGACGCUGAAGGAGAUCUCGUUCCUGCAGAUGUAUGGCAGGGAUCUAGAGGAGGCGCAGCGCUGGUGCGAAAUGUAUAAGAGCACAGGCGAAGACAGAUACCUGAACGAGGCGUGGGACCUCUACUACUUCGUGAUCCGCCGCAUCCUCGCCCAGUUCCGCGCGCUCACCUCCCUGGAGCUGCAGUACGUCAGCAAGAGACUGCACACUUGUAGGGACUUCGAGUUGGCCGUGCCUGGAUCCUACGUCCCUAAUCAGAAAGUCAUCAGAAUAUCGCAUAUACACAGCCAGUUGCAGGUGAUAAAAUCGAAGCAGCGUCCACGUCGCCUCACAAUCCAGGGUUCCGACGGAAAACAAUACAUGUUCCUGCUCAAAGGCCACGAGGACCUCCGCCAAGACGAACGCGUCAUGCAACUGUUCGGACUCGUCAACACGCUACUCCAAGCAGACACCACAACUUAUAGACACGACUUGGCUAUACAAAGAUACGCCGUGAUUCCACUCUCGCCGAACUCGGGCCUUAUAGGCUGGGUGCCACAGUGCGACACCCUGUAUAAUCUGAUAAGUGACUAUCGAGCGAAGAAGUCGAACAAGCUGAAUUUGAACACGGAGCAACAAAUUAUGACGAGAAUGGCAUCGGAUUAUCAUAAGCUGCUGUUGAGGCAUAAGGUCGAAGUAUUCGAGCACACGCUCUCCCAAACGCCAGGGAACGACUUAGCUCGGCUUCUCUGGCUGAAAAGUCCCUCUGCCGAGGCGUGGUUCGAACGUCGCACCAACUACACGCGUUCCCUGGCCGUCAUGAGCAUGGUGGGCUAUAUCCUAGGGCUGGGUGACCGCCACCCUUCAAACAUUAUGCUGCAUAGAGUCACGGGAAAGGUUCUGCAUAUAGACUUCGGAGACUGCUUCGAGGUGACGCAGACCAGGGAGCGGUUCCCGGAGAAGAUACCGUUUAGGUUGACGCGGAUGCUCAUCAAUGCUAUGGAGGUGACGGGCAUCGAAGGCACGUACCGCUUCACUUGCGAGUCCGUGAUGCAGGUGCUCCACAAACACCGCGACAGCGUCAUGGCGGUGCUCGAAGCCUUCGUCUACGACCCGCUGCUCAACUGGAGGCUCAUCGAGAACGACCACCGGUCCCUCACAGAGUCCACCUUCUCUUCAGACAUCGACUCGUCGUACACACUGCCAAGUCGAAGCAGGAACCAUUUGCACUACCAAUCACCUGAAAUCCUACCCGAGGCGAACUUGAACAAAAGAGCAUUAGCCAUUUUGAAUCGGAUACGCGACAAACUGACGGGCAGGGACUUCCCCAAUAUUGAAGCGGUGGUCAGCGUGAGGAAACAAGUGGAUCUGCUGAUCAAGUUGGCUACCAACAAUGAAAACUUGUGCCAGUGCUAUAUAGGGUGGUGCCCGUUCUGGUGAUGUAGUCGAGCAGCUAAUUUGUAUAUUUGUAAAUAGUUUAUGUAAAUCAAUGAAAACACAGGAGCGACUGCUUCUUCUAAUUACUUAUGUGGUAAAAUCUAUUUUAAUGUUUUGUUGGCUCGUCUUGUCAAGUUGUAUAAUUAUAUUUUCUUCAGUUGCAACUAAGCUGCUCAUCAGGGCACUGUUUCAGGCGAACUGAGUAUCACUCGUGAUUGUAUCGUGUAUUGUAAAUUAAUUUAGUACUUUCAGUCUAAGUGUUAUAAAUUAUUCAAGAGUUCUCAAAUCCUUGAAAACAUGAGUGAAACCUUGAAAACAAGCUAUUCGUUUUUAUAGUUAUUUUUAUGACUAUUGUUUAAAGCGUAAUUCCAUUAAAUUGUCCUGCGAUUACGAUCAUGGGGACCUACUUGCAUUUCCGUAAAAUAAAAGUGGUUUAAGAACUGCUUCACAAAGUAAAGGGCUAAGUUAUUACAUCUGAUCAGUUUCUGUACACUGCGCUCAACGCCAUAUAAGCAAUGCUCAGAUUACAGAACACUUAUUUUUUACUUAAAAUAAACGCUCUAUCCACCUCUUGUCAUAAAUAGUAAUUCAGAACUUUUCUUUUAUUUUGAUGAUACAUUAUAAAACUAAACUUUUAGAAUUCUUGAUUGAUCUUAAAAGCUAAAAUAAAGCCCUUAAAAUUUUUGUUCUGUCCUUUUAUGUCCCAAAUUAUUGCUAGUCUCAUUAGUUAUUUUUAUGAAAUUAUGGUUAUCUGUUUGAGGAUGGAGGAGGACCAAACUCUCAUUGAGUUUGGUUAUUAUUAUUUUUAAAUUGCUGCAAAAUCUAUGAGGCUGUCUUUAUUAUUUUAAUAAUGUUUAAUGAUAUAACUAUUAAAGUACAAAUAUUUAUGCAAUCUCAAUUAUUGAUGCUGCCAUUUUGAAAGUAUAGUCAGUGAUAAUAAAUAAAUAAUUUUAAGAUACUACAUAACACUACAUAACACUCGAUUCUUACUAACCUACAUACACCUGUGUGUUCAGAUAAAUAUAAUUAUAAAUCCAUUAACCUUUUCAUAAGUAUCGAUGAAGGACGCUUGUGAACUCCGCAAUACUUUUGAGUUUUAAAUGUGUACUUUUGUAAUUAUUUAAUGAGUUAUGUAGUUGUAAUAUAUUUGCGAAUAAUAUCGCAUUCCGCUCUAGGCAGCAUUUGUGAUAUUUAACUAAAAACUUUUAAAAGUACUUGAAAUAUAGUUCCGACGAAAUUUUGACGAUCCACUGUGGUCUGUCACCAAUCAGAAAUUUUUAUUAUUUAUAAUAUAGGUAGUUCUCAACAAGUAUUAUAAUUAAGUGGUUUAAAAUUUAAAUCUUUUCUGUUCCUAUCGUUAUCUGUUAGUAAUAGCAUAAUUAAAUAAAUUAACACAUUACAAGACUGUUUAUAAAACUGCCAUUAUUGCUAUCAAUAACUUUAAAUAAUAAAUCAUUAUUCUUUUUUCUAAUAAAAUUCUUUCCAUCAUUUCACACGCUCUUGCUAAUUCAGUGUUACGUAAUAAAUUAAAAUUUUUACGCUUAUAGUUUUUACUGUUUGAAACUCGCUAUUUACUUAAAUGAAAUAGUAAUAAGGAGUGGAUUACGUUAAAUGAACCUAUAGUUGACACUUGCUUUCUUCCGCGUGGCAAUCAUUAUUUGCACAAAAAAUUAUCUCGUAUCAAAUUUAUCAAAAAAGAAAAAGAAACGUUAUAUUUAACAUUUAUAAGUAGCAUCAAUAAAUACAAAUAUUUGUAUGUUUGACUUUCAAAUUAUAUUUUUCUGUAAGUAGUUAUAAAUAAGAAUUUAUGUUUGUAUUGUUUGCAUUUUAGUGUAACUAACGUGUAAAUACAUUAUUACUUAAGACGUUAAUUUUAUAUAAAAUAAACUAAGUAUAUUUAAAUGAAUGCACUUAUUAUUUUCAACAUAAGGUUCAUGAGAACUUGAUUCUACUCUUUAAAUGUGACGAAGGAGAUCGGUAACAGUUCCGACAGUUUUGUACACAGCACUUUGUCCAUGGUGGGUUUGC